AAUUAUGUGAUAUAUCAGUGAUCCCACAACAAUCACACACUGUACAGUAGCUAUGACAGGCAAAUAUAUGAAGGCCAGGUGGCCUCUCGGGGACAACCACAAUCUAUGAAAAUAUAUACAUUGCGAACACUAAACUUAUCACAAGUGAAUAAUGUUAACAUUAGCGAAAAACAAUGAAAUACCUUCGAUUGUGACGGUGCAAUUUAGGCCUGAAAGUUAACAAAAAUCAAGAUAGAUAAAAACUAUUCAAGUAUCAGCUAGAUGAACCGAUAAAGUGGUUGAACGCAUUCAGCAAUUUUCAGUAGUUUUGUAUGUGUUCACCCGAAAAGAGAGAAAAUGUUGAAAAUUUUAAGCUACACGGUUCUAACCGUUCUAACAGUCGACCUGUUGGCGACCUCGGGCGACAUAACAAUGACUUGGACUUCUCCCAUGCUCCCCAAACUCUACUCCAACGAUUCAGACGAAAACCCCUUCGACCAACCCAUCACAGCAGACGAAGAUUCAUGGAUCGGAUCUUUAAUAAACAUCGGUGCUAUGAUAGGACCUCUUCCUUACGGAUUCAUCUCCGAAAAGUUCGGCCGCAAAAUUGGACUUCUUUGCAUCGCAAUUCCGCACAUCAUCUCCUAUUUAACUCUUGCUUUCUCCAGAACCGUGGGCUUGUACUACUUUGCAAGACUUCUGGGUGGGCUUGCCGUGGGUGGGGGUUACACCCUCCUCCCGACUUACGUUGCUGAGGUUUCUGAAGACAAACAUCGAGGGAUGAUGUCCGCCACCCUGAAUUGUUUCUGGACUUUUGGUACCUUGUUGCCGUACGUCAUCGGACCAUACACUUCAGCGUUGUGGUUGAACGUCAUCUUAGCCUGCGUACCCACAAGUUUCUUCAUACUGUUUUUCUUCAUCGGACCCGAAUCCCCCUACUAUCUGAUCGCAAAAAAUAAAAUGGACCUUGCUGAACAAUCUCUGAUGAAGUUAAGAUCGCAGGAUCAAAAAGGAGUGGAGACGGAAAUGAAACAAAUACAAGCAGAGCUUGCAGAAAACACUGACGCAGUUUCCAUUUUGAAGUUCUUCAAGAAUAGGAUCUACAUGAAGGGGUUAUUCAUUUCGGUACUCCUACUCGUAAUUCAACAACUUUCUGGUAUCAACGCUGUGUUAUUCUACACUCAGGAGAUCUUCAUUGCAGCUGGUGCCAGCGACAUAGCUCCAGAAAUAUCUUCCAUCAUCGUCGGUCUGGUUAUUUUCUUCUCAAGCUUUGGAACACCCUUUGUGGCCGACAGGGCAGGCAGACGCAUACUCAUGCUAAUAUCGCUAAUGGGAGUGACCAUUUCCCAUUUAGCUUUCGGCGUUUAUUUUUAUCUCAAAGACAGGACCAGCGAGGACGUCAGUUCUAUCUCUUGGUUGCCACUAUUAAGUUUCCUGGCUUAUAUUGUUACGUUUAAUGUUGGACUGGGAGCUCUACCGUGGACAAUCUCGUCAGAACUCUUUCCCACUAACGUCAAGUCGUAUUCAGCUGCCAUAGUUUCGUUUUCGUGUUGGACCACGUCCUUUUUUGUCACGAAAUUCUUCAACGAUCUGCAGGUUGGUCUAGGGAGUGGAGAAACGUUCUGGUUGUUUAGUGGCUGCUGUUUUGCUGGUUGGUUAUUCACUUUUAUUUUUGUCCCAGAAACGAAGGGAAAGAGUUUUCAAGAAAUUCAGGAGAUUUUGGAACGGAGGCGGUUUUAAAAUCAUGUAUUUGUUGCGAAUAAACGUUCUAUAAAAA